CCAGUUCUCCGGGUACAUAACUAGCUCUGCAGGACUGCGGGGUCACUCGUCCUUCUGCUCAGCUCCGCGCACAAUGUGUCACUCUCGCAGCUCCCUCCCCACCAUGACUGUCCUGCGAGCUCCGACCCCGGUCCUCGCUACCAGCCCGGGACCCCGACGGGGCUCCGGUCCCGAGAUCUUCACCUUCGACCCUCUCCCGGAGCCCGCGGCGGCCCCCGCCGCGCGCCCCAGCGCCUUCCGCGGGCACCGAAAGCGCAGCCGUAGGGUCCUCUACCCACGAGUGGUCCGGCGUCAGCUGCCAGUCGAGGAUCCGAACCCUGCCAAAAGGCUGCUCUUUCUCCUGCUCACCAUCAUCUUCUGCCAGAUCCUGAUGGCUGAAGAGGGUGUGUCGGCACCCCUGGCCCAGGAAGACAUCCCCAGCGCGCCAUCCCCCGCGCCCACCGUUGCGCCCCCGGUCCUCGAGCCCCUUAAUCUGACCUUGGAGCCCUCGGACUACGCUUUGGACCUCAGCACUUUUCUCCAGCAACACCCGGCCGCCUUCUAACCGGGACUGCCCACGCCCCCAAAGAAUCUGAAAAACACUGGGUGCACCUGGUGCGCGAGAGCGUAUCCCAAACUGGGACUCCCGAGGCAACUCGCACUCAGAACACUACAGCGGAGACGCCAGCCCGAGCCUGGGAGAGACAGGCACCGACACGCCCGGGGCUAGGCCGGGUGGGGAAGGAGAGCGUCGUUAACUUAUUUCUCACUGCUCCUAAUAAUAUUUAUAUGUAUUUAUGUAUGCCCCCUUAGGUGAUGGAGGGGUGUAUGUAAUAUUUAUUUUAACUUAUGCAGAGGUGCGAGAUGUGCUCCUUGCUGCAAAUGCAGAUCUCUGGGUAUUUAUUGGGCUCUGUGGGAUUGGUGGAGGCCGGCGCCCAGAAUUGAGUGAGGCUGGGAAGAGGGACGGAGGAAACCCGGGUCCGAGAAGGCUCCCGGCUUGGGAGUCAAGGACGGUGGUGGGUCGUAGUAGGUUUAGCGGGUGACAGACUCAGUCCUCCAACAUCUCAACUCUGGAGUCUACUGCGUGAGGCUUCGGCGGACCAUUGGGAAUAAGGUCCUUGGCCUUCGAUCUCCUCGAAGUUGCCCCCAACGGGUGGCUGCGGGGUCGGUGGGCUGUCAGAGGGCGGCUAUGGGGUCGCCCGGUAUGUUCUGUGAACACAAAUAAACUUGACUUACUGUCA